AUGAAAAAUCUAAGUGUAUUAUUGAUUCUAGGAUUAGCUAUAAGCUAAGUUUAUUGCGGCUGUGCUUAUACUACUGGAUUUGGCGCUUUCAGCGGGUACUGUUACAAUGAUUGUAAGGAUUAUGCUACUUUAUCUGAAGCUAUGGCUGCAUGUGACAGUUCUACUAGUUGUGGUGGAGUUACAUUUAGUUAAAGAUAAUAUGGUGGUGGUGCUUCAACUAAUGCUAUAGGUAAUGGAUAUGGUUAUCAACUUAGAGCUUCCUAUUCAGGUGGUCCUUCUACUGUCAGAGAAACCACAUGGUUCAAAUCUACUUGCCCUGAUCCUCAUACUCCUUUCGAACCCUGCGAUUAUGCAUAAGGUUAAGGUGUUUUCUUAGCAGAUUGUGUUUAAGGUUGUAAGGACUUCUCUAAUUUGAAUGACGCCCUUAAUGCUUGCAGAGCUGAUCCUUCAUGUGGUGGUGUAACUUUCUCCAGAAAGGAGAUUGGUGGCCCUGCUGCUACUAAUGCAUUUGAUGGUGUUUGGGGUUUCUAGUUAAGAGCUGGAUCUGUAUUUGGUGUUUCAUAGUGUGGUGAAAGUUCAUAUGUUAAAUAAAAAUGUCCAGUUUCUUAAGUCUAAGGAACUUACUGCAACUAUUCAAAGCAAUCUUAUCAAAACUUUGCUAAUUUAAUCCAAAGGGAUAUUUAAUAUACCACCGAAUAGUCAGCUUUAACUGCAUGUGAUUCAACUCCUGAUUGUACUGGUGUUGUUUUAAACUAAGGAUCAUUCUAUUUGGCUACUGGUACCUCAUCUCCUAGCACUACUAACAGUGUUGCAUACACUAAAGGAACAUGCAAUGUCAUCACUUAUCCUAUUCUCUUUAGUGGAUGCAAUUUCACUGGAAGCUAAGUCAAUCUCACCUCAGAUCUUGCUUAAAUUGACUUAAGAUAAUACAAGAGUUUGUAUAUUCCUGCUGGUAAGUCAGUCAGAUUCUACACCAAAUCAAACUUCAAGGGAAACAAUAAUGUUUACACAACUUCUGUCUACUGUUAAAGUUAAAGCUUUGGCUCUGUCUUUAUUUAAAAGGCUUACUCUUAAGAUUUUUCUUUCGAAACUUCAAUUUAAGUAAGAGAUCUCAAAGUUAAUAGAAAGCUUAAGCCUAAUUAAAACUGA